UUUUUGGUUGUCUCCUCACUCAAAAACAAAACCGCCUCGUCAGUCUUUUUUUUCCACAACUCAUCCUCACAACUUGAACGGUUGAGAUGGCCUUGUCAGGAUCUCUCGACACCGAAGCUGCCGAUUCUCGCUCGGGUAUAGUAGAUGAUUAUCACUCCGACGAUGACACCUUUCCACAUCCCCCACCAAAGCGCAGGCGCGUCUCGCACGACAGCGAUGGAAGCAAUACGCCUUCCUUACACACAAGUUCGCUAUCGCGGGUGAAGAGAUCUGCACCCUCGGUGAAGCACGAUGUACUCUCCGUCGCGCUGCCUGUGCCUGAUACCACCGCCGCGACCUUCCAAUCGCUCAAUGUCGCACCCUGGCUUGUUCAUUCGCUGGCUGCGAUGGCCAUUCAAAACCCAACCGAGAUUCAGAGAGCCUGCAUACCUGAGAUACUGAAAGGAAGAGAUUGCAUAGGAGGGUCAAGGACCGGUACUGGAAAGACCGUUGCAUUUGCUGUCCCGAUCUUGCAACAAUGGGCGCAGGAUCCUUUCGGGAUUUAUGCAGUCAUUCUCACCCCAACACGAGAACUUGCGCUCCAGAUAUACGAACAGUUCCAGGCUUUAGGAACUCCGCAGAACCUCAAGACCGUUCUGAUCACGGGCGGCAGCGAUAUGAGGCCUCAAGCAGUAGCACUUGCGAAGCGCCCACACAUUGUUGUGGCCACUCCGGGGCGACUCGCUCAUCAUAUCCUAACGUCUGGGGAAGAAACAGUCAUCGGUCUGAAACGCGCCAAAGCCGUGGUCCUCGACGAAGCUGAUCGACUCCUUGCACCCGGGCCUGGCUCAAUGCUGCCAGACCUCAACACAUGCCUCUCUGCUCUGCCACCGUCUUCAUCUCGUUUGACCCUCCUAUUCACAGCAACUGUUACACCAGAAGUGCGCGCGUUGAAAGACUUGCCGCGGCCACAGAGCCGACCGCCUGUUUUUGUUUCGGAUGUUACAGACCUCUCGGACCCAUCGAUCUCAUCCAGUCUUCUCCCCUCGACGCUUACGCAAACCUAUUUGCAGGUCCCUAUGACACACAAGGAUGCCUUCCUUCACGUGCUUCUCUCAGUACCAUCAUUCACGAAGUCUCCGGAACCGAGCAUCAUCAUAUUCGUCAACCGCACAGCGACCGCAGACAUCUUACACCGCACACUGCUUGCACUGUCACAUCCUGUCACCGCGUUACACUCGGAACUCGCACAAAGUCAAAGGAACCGCAAUCUUGCCGACUUUCGCGCUCAAAAAGCUCGCAUUCUUAUUGCGACAGACGUUGCAUCAAGAGGUCUCGAUAUUGCUGAUGUCAAUUUUGUCAUCAACUACGAUGUCCCACGCAACCCGACUGAUUACGUCCACCGUGUUGGUCGUACAGCGCGAGCCGGCAGAUGGGGCACAAGCGUUACUUUUGUUGGUCAGCGAGAUGUAUCUUUGAUCCUGGCCAUUGAAGAGUACGUUGGAAGUAAGAUGGUCGAGUGGACAGAGGAAGGCGUCAAUGUCGAAACCAGGGUUGUGAAAGGCAGAACCCUGAAGGACGUGGCAGAAGCGAAAAUGGAGGCUCUGCGAGACCUUGAAGGUGGGAAGGACGUCAAUGGCUGGAGGAGGAAGAUCAAGAAGGAUAAGAAGCGAAUGCUGCCAGCAUGAAACCCCACAAAGAUACCCGGACAUGAAAUAAUGAUUAAUGAUUGAUGAGCCUUCGAGAAUCCAUCUGCUUUCUACGUUCGCCUACAAAUCAUAUCAAGAUCUUGCAGCUUCAGCUUAGCAAUCACAUCC